CUGAAAUUUACCAAAUUAGGCAAAACAUUUUUAGCGCCAAAAAAGAUGCUUCGUUGUUAUUGGUCAGUUUGUCAGCUCUACAAUUGGUCACAUUUCAUGAAUCUUGAUUGGCUAGAAAUAUACAACGUACAGGAAAUAUCCCCCCUGAUUAGCACGUGACGCUCACUGGAAACUGGAAUUUGUUUGCACAGGUUCUUGGAAAGUGUUUAUAUUAUUUGAAUUUGGGAUUAUUUAGAAAUCGAUUUCAAGGGAAUCUCCACUUAAUUGGUCCUCUAUUUUGGAUAAAAGCAGUCUUGUUAUUUUUACUUCACUCUUCACGAUGGAAUUUCUUCAAACGCGACUAAUGCUUUCUCAUUUGGGGAAUAUAAAAGCCAUAAAAGUGAAGUCUAGUUACUCCUAUGGCUAUGGCCACCAAUAUGUAAAUCCUGACAGCAAUUUGACCUGUGUCGCAGAAGAUUGCCAUGUGAUGAUGUCGAACUACAAUUGUUCAUGUUUGAGGCCUCUUCCCAAUGUCACUUGCGAUGAAACCCCAGAUCCUAAUAUCCCCAUUGUGUUGUGGUCAAUUUCUGCAUUUAUUUUGUUCCUGUUAAUCCUCGAAUUAUUUGCAAUUCGGUAAGUCUCAAUUUGUGUCGUACCUACUGAAAUGUUGCAUUAUCUUACCCAUUGCCACAAGGCUUGACUUUGGUUUGGCUGGUGGGCACAGAGUUUCUAGUAUUGCACAACUGUGUUGGUGCACAAAUACGAUUUAGGAACAGUUUAUACUAGACUUUAUACUAUUUUUAGAUAUUUAGGGUUAGGAUUUAUUAGCCAAUUAGGUAUAUAGGGUUAGGAUUAGGGUUAACUUUAAUUUUAAAAUACAAAAGAAUACAAAAUUACAAAGGUAUAAAAACAGUAACUCUUCCUAAAAUGGGACAGGUAUAAGUGGUUGAGGUGGAAAACAGGCAGCUGGUUAAAUUAAAAUUGACUUAAUAGUAACAUGCUAGCUGUUAAUCAUUGUGUGUGCAUGUUUAUAUAUUCAUCAAUAAUACAUAAUAAUAUGGACUAUAGCAACAUAUUCUCUUGUGCAUGAAUCAUAUUUUUGUAUGUAGGAAAUUUUGUGGCAGAAGUCAGUUUCAGUGAGGUGGGUGGAUCUGCCAUAAUCAUUUGAAGACAUUCCAAAAGUGAUAGCAUUUGACCACAUGUCAACAACACUUGCAACUGUCACCCGUGUGCAAAUAUGCCCCACCUAUUGCAUUCAUUUCACAUGUUUUAAUUAGAUAUAUGAACAACUAUCAGGGGUUGAAAUUUACAUUUGUUUCCAUCAUACCACCAGAAUAGUAGAUUUUGAAAUUUAGUAUAUUCUGUCUGAAAUAAAAUCAUCAUCCUUUCACAGAAAUGUUUCUGACAUUUGUGAGGCAAGACCUUUGAACAUGUCUGAUGAUGUCAUCAUAAACUUACCAGAAUUGCUAUCGACAGGGGGCUUGACAUCCAUGAAAAUAUUUCAAGACAUGAUUCUGUCUUAUUUUUAAAUGGAAUCUGCCUGACUUAAAAAUGACUUGGGGGAGAAGUGUGGCUCUUGUACACUUAUGGAAAUUUCCAUCUUCACAAUUAGCCAAUAGUAAGAAUAUAGACUGCAAUUUGCAAACUUUCAACAGCAUGUAUAGCAGUUUACCAUUGUGCAUUCCAUGGAAAAUUCACAUUUCUACCAGAAACUAACUGAUCUACUCUUGAUUCUAAAUGUCCUAACUGUCAAUUCCUAGGUUUAAUUUUUCAUUCCUGGACAAUUUUUUUGGAAAGCUGAUAUUUGCAAUGGGCAUUGUUAGCAGUGUGGUGACACAGUUCUGUACCAUGCAAUUCCUACAAGACAACAAUGAUUCUAUUACUAUCUGGUACAACGUAGUCCUGGGUGCCAUUUCAAUUUUCUUUAUCACAUUUGGCUACCACUUUCUAUUUGUGAAAUCUCCAAAUAACAACAUUGGCUCGCACGACAGAGGGAUGGGACUUGUUGUUGUCUUCAUUUCCGUACUGGUUGUUAGUCUUGAAAUUGUGCUAAUCGUCAUGGUAUUCAAGCGUGAAAACCUCAGCGCUGGUUUUGCUAUAUAUCUACUUGUUUUUGCAUGCGAAAAGAUCGUUCAAGUUCUGCUAUACAUUGCCAUCCGUAGAUGCACGCCUGAUUCCAGGUGCAGAAGAGGAUCAGUAUUCUAUUUUAACUUUUUAUCAUUUUUAAACUUUACUCUUUGGUUAAACAGCAUUCCGUUUACAGAUAUACCCAUAUACGAUGAAGUGUCACAUAAUUAUUAUCUACAAUAUGUCGACCAAACAUUUAAGGCGUUAGUUAUCGAUUACAGACUGUUGUGUGCUUUCCUGUUUUUGGAGCACGCAUUAGCAAUUGAUGAUGACGGACAUGAACAUGUUAACAAUGAAAUCGACAGUGGAUUUCAAAUGCCAAGGAAACGUUACUUUUACACAGCUAUUGGUCUCAGCAUUGGGCUAUUCUUUUUGGCACUGGAGAUCAUAAAUGCUGCUCAAUUCUGGUACAAAAGUCUUCCUGAUGUUGUUAAUCUUUUCCCAAUUCUAGUUGAUACAGGUCUUGUUGUUUUGGGAUACUUGUUACUACGAAAUGUUAAUAUUUCUGUUUUACAUGAUAAAAAAGUCAAUCUUGUCUUGCUUAUGGUUACAUCAAUGGGUGCUGCAAGUAUUGUAUACUUGUUUUCUUUUGGUUUAUUGUCAUUAUUUUCAUUUAAAUAUGAUCAGUCUAUUUCGUAUGUGAGAUGGUCGGCAUGUGUGUAUUUUGCAAGGGCAUCUAGCUUGCUCCUUCUAUUGGUUGUGUAUGCGGGAGUCCCUGUAUGUACUUUUGAAUUGCGACAGAACCAUAAUACCAAAAACUAUCUUUUUGUCUCUGCUCUUUGUUGUGGGUUGUUUGCAAGAUUUAUUGGGAGUAUCCUUGAUGAAUUUAAAGGUACAAUGCAUGAAAUAGCAGUGGAACAUCUUGAUUCAAAGAAACUUCGGACUCUGCAAGAUUUGUUUGAAAUCGGGCCAUUAUUCCAGCUUGCAACCUCUUUGCAUUUAGCACUUCAUUUUCUGCUAAUGCUUUGGCGCCUUCAUGAGCGACCAAACGAACAAGCUUGUGUAGAUGGGCGACCUGACGAACAAGCUCAUAUAGAUGAGCAACCUAAUGAACAGGCUCGUAUAGAUGGGCAUGGUGAACCUGUUAGAGGUAAUUAUGGUGCACCUAUUAGAGUUAAUUAUGGUACACUGCCAGCAAAUGGUGUUGCCAGGCAACCGGAUGGUGAUGCUGAUGAACGUUUUGGAUAUUCUGGUGUACACCCCUUUCAAGGUGGUGAUGAUGAACGUACAAGAUUGUUACUGCCAGAUGAACGAUGUUAA